AUGGAGGUCACGGCUAGCCCUAUGGACUUGGACCAUACAUGGAUGGUGCAAGCAACGAGCUUCGUGUCAUUCGCCGCACUCGCGAUGCAGGUGUGGGAGCUGGUGAUUCACGUUAUCGAUGAAGUUGAGUAUGUGUGGAAAACAAACUUGGUCACUGUGCAAUUACUCUCGGUGGGGUACUUCUCCCCACAGGGCUGCGCGAAUGCAUUCCUACUUGAGAUUUUUAUCAGUCAACAGGCGAUACUGUGCGUGGAGGGUAUCCAGUUGAUGAGGUUGUUUGCGUUGUAUAACCAAAGUCGAAGGGUCAAAUACUUCCUACUUUCGAUAUUUGGCAUCUCUACCGGAUUGGAGAUAGCUGGAAACAUUGCCACUGGGAAGAUGUACAGCACUCGUGCGAAAUGUACGAUGCUCGCCAGCGCUCCUCCUGACAGUGGCCUCACAUGGUUUGCGGUUGGAGCCGGCAUGUUCCAAGUCGUGGUGCUGGGAAUGACGCUCUCAAAGCAAUUAUCUACCAAGCAUACCCGCUGGGCAAGGACACCAUUGUCAUCUUUGAUGAUGAAAGAUAGUCUUUUUGUCUUCUUCCUUCUCUUCGUUGUGUUGUCUACGGUGGUAGGCUACGAAGCCGUGUGGAGUUUUGGACCAUCAUUUUGGAAUAUAGCUUUUGGGUGGUACAUCGCAUUACUGUCAAUCGCGGGGUGUAGGCUGAUCAUGAAUAUGAGGUCUUUGGCGCUGGGACCCAUCCAUUCAGAUCAUGAGGCGUCGAUAGGUGCUUCAGAGCCCUUUUAUGAUGAAUCAGACAGAUAAUUAUCAUAAUCAUCGUACAUUUCUAUUCAGUGUGUCCCUUCAAAGGAAACAAUUCAAGCCAAUGAAGCAAUCAAUUCCGGAAGCGACGACUUACUAGGCAACGCCUGUUCAUUCACCCUGUGCUUUCCCUACUGGUCGUAAGCAGGGACAGCUAAGAGUUCCUCAAUGUCAUAUGGUCUGCAGCUGUAGUCAGCGAAGCUACAGAAAUAGUAAUCGCAGGCGGCUUCGCCGUCCUCCUCGUCUCGGUCGACGCGGACCAACGCGAGCGGGACACCGAUCUUCGUUUCGAGGUACUGGAGAAGAAGUCGAUGGCUGGAUUUGGGUAGAUUUUUUAGAGCUUGAAUAGCUUUCGAU